AUGGAACAGGACUCGACACACGAGGCUUUCGACUGGACACCUCCUAGACCGCCGAAGAUCACACACAUUCUCGAGACCUGUCUGAUGGUCAAGGACAUCGGUGCUGCGACCGAGUUCUACAGAAAAGUGCUUGAUGUCGAGCCGUUCAUGAGCACGGCACGCAUGUCCGGCUUCGCCCUAUCUCAGACGACACUGCUCCUGUUCCAACUCGGCGCGACGGCCUCAGACAGCCCCAUGGCCGACAGAAGGGGCACGAUCCCGGGCCACGGGCCCACGCAAGACGUCCUCGACCUGCUCCUCGCCGCCGCUCCAGACGACGCCGCGACUGUUGCUAGUAAUGGCCAAUUGCAGCCCGCCGCCAUGAAGGUGGCGACCCCGGCCCGUCUGAACCAGCACUUCUGCCUCGCGGUACCCACACCGACCGACGUCCAGGCCUGGGAGAAGUGGUUCGAGGACCGGGACGUGAAGAUUCUCGGCCGCGUCGAUUGGCCCCUCGGUGGAAAGAGCGUAUACUUUGGCGACCUGGACGGGAACGUGGGCGAGAUCGCCAGUCGUGGCAUCUGGUCGCAUUACUGA